AUGUGCUGCUAUUGCGUAAUCUUUCAAUUAGGUAAAUCAAGAACAGGCCGGCAGAAUGUACUUUCGACGGAUGAUGGAAUGCAACCUGUGGAAAAACGUAAAGAGAAUAAACACCAAAUUUUGAACGACAAAGGAAACAGUCAAUAUUUGCAGAGAGCUCAUUCCUCAACUUACAACUUUGAACUACAGAAUAUAAGGACAGGCAAAAAAACUAUUUCACCAAGGAAACAUGAUGGCACGGACCAGCCGAAUACAGACGUGACAGAAAAAGAGUCGAAACAAAAGAGGAUGAAAUCCCAGUCUUACGCGAGAGAGGGAAAGCUCACACCGGAAAAUCCGUAUUACCCACUGUACAAUAGACGUGGCAAAGUUGUGAACAAUGAGCGUGACAGGGAAAUAGAAUCACGUAGUAAAUCAAGAACAGGCCGGCAGAAUGUACUUUCGACGGAUGAUGGAAUGCAACCUGUGGAAAAACGUAAAGAGAAUAAACACCAAAUUUUGAACGACAAAGGAAACAGUCAAUAUUUGCAGAGAGCUCAUUCCUCAACUUACAACUUUGAACUACAGAAUAUAAGGACAGGCAAAAAAACUAUUUCACCAAGGAAACAUGAUGGCACGGACCAGCCGAAUACAGACGUGACAGAAAAAGAGUCGAAACAAAAGCCUUCAGAUAAAAAACAUCAAGCCUCUAAAAAUCAGAAUCAGAAGUCGAUAGAAGAAAGUGAAACUACAAAAUUGGUUCAAGAAAGAACAAAACGGAAAAACAAAUAUAAAUCAAGAUGUGACAAAAACAGAAGCAAUUGA